UGCAAUUUGUACCAAUUUCAUUCCUUCCCUCAGCCACAGCUACUAAGUACUCUUUAUCGUUUGAUUCAAAAAGUAAUAAGCAACUCAAAGAAAUCCCAACAUGGCAUCUUUACAUGCUUCCCUCUUACACUCUUCUGCUUCUUCUGUUUCUAAGAGAAGAAUCAUGUCUACCCUCCAAUUCCCAAAACUUGGAACUGUUCCAUUGAAGAACACUAUCCAAAAAAUGGUGGAGGGGUUCUUCAGCGUGGAAAGUAGCAGAUCCACAACCAUGAGAGACGAAGAGGACUCUAAAGUGUCUACUGCCACCUCCAUCUCUGAGCUAUAUCUAAUAGCAGAUGCGGUGGCUGACAGAGUUGAAAUGCACACCAACAUGGGAGUGCAGCGGGACAACUGGAACGCCCUCCUCCUCACCUCCAUCAAUACCAUCACCCUCACCGCGGCAGCCAUGGCUGCUCUUUCCACUGCAACAACUACAACCUUUCUUCCUCUCAACCUAUCUUCCUCUCUCUUGUUCACUGCUGCCGCCGGGAUGAUGGUGGUGAUGAACAAGAUCCAACCCUCCCAACUCGCGGAAGAGCAACGUAACGCUGCAAGGUUGUUCAAGCAGCUCCAUAGGGAGAUCCAAACAACCCUUGCCAUUGGAAAAAAUCCUACUUCAAAGUAUGUGAAGGAUACCAUGGAGAAGGUCUUGGCCCUUGACAGAGCCUACCCUCUUCCCUUACUAGGGGCCAUGCUCGACAAGUUCCCCAAAACGGUGGAGCCCACUGUGUGGUGGCCUUCACCUUCACCAAAAGAACAGCAAGAGAAAAAAGGGUUUCUUUGGAAUAAUAAUAAUGGGUGGAGUGAGAAGCUGGAGGAGGAGAUGAGAGAGAUAGUUAGGGUUAUGAAAAAGGAUGCUGAAGAAUACAAGAGAUUGGGGAAGUUGGUGUUGAAAAUUAACAAAAUUUUAGCUAUUUCAGGGCCACUACUAGCAGGGGUUGCUGCAGUUGGGUCUGCUUUUGUGGGUUCAUCAUCUCCUUCUCAUCAUGGGGGUGUGGCCUUGGGGGUCAGUGUAGCUGCGGGAGCACUAGCAAGUGUAGUGAACACGUUGGAGCAUGGAGGGCAGGUUGGAAUGGUUUUUGAGAUAUAUAGGAAUUCCGCUGGCUUCUUUAAGCUCUUGAAGGAAUCUAUUGAGGCUACCUUAAACCAGAAAGAUGUGGAGAGGAGAGAGAAUGGACAGUCUUUUGAAUUGAAGGUGGCUCUGAACUUGGGGAGAAGCCCAUCAGAGCUCAGGGAUCUUGCAUCUCAUGCCUCCUUCUCCUCUUCUUCUUAUUCUAGUAGUAGAAGUAGAGAUGAAGAGGCCAGCGACGAGUUUGCAAGCAAACUCUUCUGAGUUCUAAUUUAUCAUCUUCUA